GCAAAUAAUAAAUUUGUGUGUCGAGUGUAGCAUCCUGCCUUGAAGGUCCAAAUUUGGUCAGCACUCCUUGAUUUUAUUCUCAUUCUCCAGUUGGGCCGUGUGUAGGAAUGCUACAAACCUCUCAGCUGAUAGUGACAACCCCAUGUGACUUUCAGUUGUCAUUGUCAGCUGUUAUAAAUACCCGGCCUGGCAGUGAUUUGUCUCAUAACUAUGGGGGGUGUCCAUGACGUUGUCGUUCUCUUGGCCAAUUCUUGGAUAAGGCUCUUCAUCAGCGGGCUUAAGUUCACCUCGGGGAUCUUUUAUGUCGCUCUCCUGCAAGAAUUCAAGCUUACUUCUGGAAUAACUUCGUGGAUUACAACUUUGCAAUAUUUCGUUAAUGCAAUAACAUGUGCUGUUGGGGGGAUACUUGUCAAGCGCUAUGGCAGCAGGAUCACCACCAUGGCUGGAGGAACGAUCAUGUUCCUGGGGAUGCUGACAAGUGGGUUUGCGACGAAAAUCGAACAUGUAUUUAUAACAUUUGGAGUCGUUGCAGGUAUAGGAUCAGGCCUAACCUACAUUGGGUCUUUCGAAGCCCUGAAGGUCAGCUUUACUAAACACAGGAACCUGGCGUUUGGCUUUGGUGGUUUCAUCAGUAGUAUGGGUGUGGUCGUUUAUCCGCCGCUGUUGCAGUAUCUCAUUGACACUCUGUACUGGAGAGGGAUGUUUCAAGUGAUGGCAGCUCUCUACCUCAACAUCGUGGUGACAGCCUACUUGUUUCCAGGUCUCUACCAAAAGUCCCCGGAUGAUGACGUGGAUAUAGUCAGCGAUAUUCUGACCGAUAUCAUCGUCACAGAGAGAAUAGUGGAAUUUGAGCCAGGUGAUGAAGUCAGGGUGUAUGAAGUUGACGUGGGAAUGCAAGACGAUUUUAGUGACGACAUGGAGAGCACCAGUGAUGAGGCUCCAGACACAAAUACGCAAAAUGUGACAUCUAUUAAACUGUCUGAUGACAAUGAUCUAAAUACCCCUCCAGAAAAUGUCGCUGUUGAUAAGCAAGAAGAUAGUGAGGCCAAUGAACAAGAAGACAUUGCUGCUGCUGCAGCCGGGGAGAAGGAAAGUGAACAUACCUGUGAAACUAUCAGUGACGAUAACGCACCUGAAAAAAGAACAGAUGAAGACAACACUCCUGAAAAACAUACAGAUGAGGACAGCGCUCCAGAAAAGAGUACAGAUGAUGACAACACUCCUGAAAAACGUACAGAUGAGGACAGCACUCCCGAAAAGAGUACAGAUGAGCACAACACUCCUAUAAAUAGUACAUAUGAAAACUUUGAAGAUGCUACGAAUGACCUUGAGGACGAUGUCACCGACCAUGAGAUCUCCAAGAUAAUCAAAACUAAGAUUGAGGCUAACGGUCACGAUGCUGGCGUGUACAACCUAGCAUUUGAAGAUAUUGGCGAAUCAGCCACACAGGAUCAAUUCGUUGACAACGACACAAACUACCAAAAUAAGGUUAUUGUCGCAUCAAAUAAGACAUUUAAGAAAAUCGCAAAAGGUAAGAAACGAAGAAAGAGCAGUGUUAUGGAAAUAGAGGUGAUAAAGCACCCAUCCUCUCGAAAGAAGAAGUGGUACAAACGGUUGCAUGGAUCUCUGGAGAAUAGCAAAGGAUACUACUUAUUCUUACUCAGCGGUAUCAUAUCACUGUUUGGAGGAAGCAUUCUAACAGGCCACCUCUCAGCGCACAUCCUUGACUACUACCACACUGAUUCCUUCACGGCUGCUCUCUCCUACACAGCCUUUGGUUUAUCGGCAGCCGUGGGCAAGCUUCUUCACGGGUUCCUGGCGACAAACAACAGGGUCAAUCCGGCUUUUCUCUACAUUGGUUUUGGGAUUUUGAGCGGUUUGUUAACUUUCGUGUUUUUCUUUGAUAUUUCCCUGGUAGUGCUGUAUGGCUAUGUCGUGUUGUUCAGUAUCUGCUACGCAAGUAGAGGAGGUGCUGUGUUGCCUGCCAUGAUGAUCCGUCUGGCCGGGGAAGACAACUUUGCCUUGGCUCUGGGCGUCUACAGCCUCGUGACUGCAGUGGGCUAUCUGAUUGGUGCACCUAUAGCGGGUUGGGUAUACGACGACACCCAUUCCUACAAGUGGCCUUUCGUCAUGUCAGCUAUAUCUCUGACUUCCUCCUCGUUGAUCCUUCUAAUUCCGUGUGGCUGGAAAGCAAGGUCGUGAACCCUGACCUUGCGCGUCAUCAUAUUCCCCAAGUGGUCUGCACUGCACGUGCCUUACACAGUGUUGUCACGACAAGGGUUCUAGUGAAGGCUGCUUGAACAUGGACUCCAUACACCUGAUCCAGGCAAGUCACACGUGACUAAAUAGGGUUGUGAAGAACAGUUGCUGGAAGAAAUGUGUGCUGAAAAGAUCAUUUCGUUAUAAUUGAUGUGCUCCAUGUGUUGGUGUUGAGAGAUUCCAUGUGACUAAGACAUUGUGACAAUCUUUCUGUUCAGAUGUCAUCAACGUCCCGCCCACGUAGGCUCUCUUGUACCCCCAGUUUAAUAGGCGCACUGGCGUAUUUAGAUAAACAGUCUGCAUGAAGAGAAUCUAUCCUCUGAUAAUCUAAUUCAUGUGCUAGAUGUAUAUAGCCUUAGGUUCGUUUAAGCAAAACGAGAAUUAAUUCAAUUUAUGAAAUAUUAAUGAUGUUACGAGAAAUGUGUUUUUUAUCACCGCGUUCAAGUUUCUUGGCUCAUAUAGAAUCGUACAUGGACUUGUGUGUGCUUGUACUGGUCCGGACUUGUGCCUAUGUCAUGGUGCGACCCCAAUGAAAUCCUAUACAGCAAUGUAACUUUGCUAGCUCCGAGCCGAUUUGUCCUUCUUUUACCACAUGCCGAGCGCCAGGCAGAGUAACAACAAGUACCGUAUUUAAACGUCUUUUGGUAUGACAUGGCCACGGGAUCGAACUACUACUCUCCAGGCAGACGUGACGUUGGUGGCCCCUGACAGAGUGUGUGUUAUAUCGUUAUCAUCACAUUUCAGAUUAUUGUCCAAGAAAUGACAGUUUCGCGAGACAGACUUACGCAAAAGUGCCUGAUACAUGUUGUUAUAUUUAUAUCAUAGUUCUCGAAAUGUUUUAUAGAAUAAAGUGAUCGAUGUUUA